CCACACAGCACCUCCCCCUACAUCCCUGCACACAGCACCCCUUGUCAUGACACGCUGUUGUUUGUCUGCACUUCGCACAGAAGCAGCAAGUCACCUCUAUCUCUCUCUACAGUUGCAGCUGCCUGUUGGAUGUGUCCCUCCCUCCCUGCCUGUCUGUCUGGCUGCAUUUGCCCCCCAUCGACCGACACACGUGACACACACAUGACAUGGAUGUACGUCGUGUAUGUGGUUCAGUUCAUUCAUUGGUAGUGCACCUGUGUCUGUCUGUCUGCCCGUAGCCACAUGAGGCAGCAAGCAGAAUAAAUGGCCUCGCCCAAGCAGACAGGCAACACAUAUAAAAUGCCGCACACUCCUUGCCGCAUACCUGUCUGUUUAUCAGUCAGUCAGUCAAUCUACCUGUGACCUUUGCGAAGGAAAGCUAUCCAUCCAGCUAAGCUACACACACACGGGGUGAGUGCCUACACUACGGGGAAACAAACCAGUAGUACAGUGACCAUACAUCCAUCCAGACAUCCAGACAUACACAAAGAAAUGCAACACGACUCUCAGAGGGGGAGGGAGGGCCUCUCUAGCUUGGUGGCUCUGAGGCUAUGGUUGAGGCCCGUAUUGUCCUUCCCCGAGAGGAUACGCCGCACUGUCCUGCUGGCUACACACACACACACACACACAAAAUACAUGAUGCUCAUGAUUAUAAUCUCGUCGCCUCACUCACACAGGCCGCUAGAUUUGGUGCCCAGUUCCUUGGCGUGCUCCUUGAUCUUCGCCGCACACUCCUUUUGUGUCCGACACCUCAGCUCGACCUCUCUGUACGUCGACUUGAUGACGUAUUUCUCCCGCUGCCUCUCGCCGACAUUGCGUCGCUUCUUCUUGGCCUCGCCGACCUUCCGCCCCUUGAUGGCUGGACGAGCCGGUUGCGGUGCCUGCCUGCCGGUGGUGGCACUCGGGGGCAGCUCACGUGAGCCGACGGGAUCAUCAAGCGGCACCGGCGUGCCGAUGACGAUGGCACGCCAACUCGGGAGCGUCAGGAGAGGCCAGGGGAAGACAGCCGACGGCGAGGGCAUCGACAGCAGGGCACAGGACGGCAUGAAAGGCGGCCAGAGAGGACUGGGAGCCGCUGGAGGCGGGGCGGUGUUGGAGUGGUGUGGAGAGGGCUGAGAGUGGGUGAUGUCGUCACCUUCCGAUGCCGAUGAGGACAUAGGCAGGCCCACAGACACCAAAGCCGACGGAAAGCGGCCGGAAGAGUCCAUCUUCG